GAACGCGCGUAUUUAUUGUGCCGGCCUGCCAUGUGGGCCAUGCAAUGCGGUCUGCUGGAAAUUUGUAUUCAGAUUGACAAGUGUGUAGCGAGUGUAAAUGCGGAACACUGAAACUGUGCGAGCAUAGCUCAAAAGACGUACAUUCGGCUAUGGAUCUCGAUAAAAUCCCUCACCGCUUCGUGGACGGCAUUAGCUUUAGUGUGUUCAGCACCGAGGAACUGCUGCGACAAGGCGUGCUCGAAGUUACUUGCGCCGAAACUUUUGACAUCGUCGGACACCCGACGAAAGGUGGUCUCCACGAUGCCCUGCUCGGGCCUAGUGACCGUGACGAAGUCUGUGCCACCUGUGGCCUUGGCUUCACGCACUGCCCAGGCCACAUUGGGUACAUCAAGCUACCCUUGCUCGUGUUCAAUCCCGUGUUCCUCAGGACUCUCUAUCAGUUGCUUCGGGGCAGUUGCUUCGCCUGCCGCCGUUUGCUUUCGCCUCCAGUCGCCUGCCAGGUGGCACUGGCACAGCUGCAAGUGCUCCAGUACGGUGCCGUCGGUGUGGUGCAAGAACUGCAGGACAUUGCCAACGAGACCCUGAUUGACGACAGCGACAAGGGUCGGCUGACCCACCGCGGAGCCAUCAGGGCUGCGCUGCAGCGGCGCAUUGAGCAGUGUGUGGCGUCGGUCAUCGACAGUGUUGGCGAUGUGGAAGAGGCUCGUCGCGCAGCAGAUGUGAAGAAUGUCGUCGAGUGCAGGCAGCGGAUCGUGAAGACGUUCAUCCGCGAACAUCUGAUGGGGGCACCGCGCAAGUGCCCGCACUGCGGAGAGUUGCGCCGAGCCAUGACCAUCCAGAACAACAGCCGCUUUGUGUACACCAGCAAGAUCCGACCCGUGGUGAAGCCACCCACCUCGUCCUUGCCCUUUAGGCGUACGUACAAUGGCGUUGAGGAAGAGGACUACGUGUUAGCCGAGGAGGAGGAGGAGCGGCAGCGCCAAGCCCAGCAGAAGCAGGCCGAGGAAGAGGCGGCGGGCGGUGCGCUGUCCUACUUGACCCCCGUUGAGGCUCGUGCCCACCUGCGAGAGCUGUGGACCAAUGAGCGAUCGCUGCUGCAGAACCUGUUCGGCAUCCUGGCCCUCGCGUCCAACUCUCACGAGUGCCCCGUCGAUAUGUUCUUCCUCGAGGCGCUAGUUGUGCCUCCGACACGGUUUCGCCCGAUGAACUUCAUGAAUGGCCGCAAGUACGAGAAUGCGCAGACGGUGAGCCUCUCACGGGUGCUGCAGUGUUGUGACACCCUGAGAGCGGUGCUCAAGCUGCUCGGGCGCAGGGGCUCGGACCAGUCUGAGCGGCCAGAGGACCAGAUGGAGACCGAGCGGCUCGAGCAACUGGUGAGCAAGGUGAUGGGCAAGGACCUGGACGCAAAGAUGCACUUUGCCUGGAAUGCGCUUCAAGUGGCUGUCAAUGUUGUGGUGGACAGCGAGCUCGAUCGGCUCAACAUCAACAAGGGCACGCCGGGCAUCAAGCAGAUCCUGGAGAAGAAAGAGGGACUCUUUCGCAAGCACAUGAUGGGCAAGCGUGUCAAUUAUGCGGCGCGCUCGGUGAUCUCACCAGAUCCGUACAUUGACGUGGAGGAGAUUGGUGUGCCUAUGGUGUUUGCCACCAAGCUGUCAUACCCGGAGCCGGUCACUGAUCGCAACAUAGCCGAGCUGCGAAGAGCGGUCAUCAAUGGCCCGGACAUUUACCCCGGGGCGCUGCUGGUGGAACGAGAAGAUGGCGUCGUGAUGCGACUGGACCCAACCAACCGUACGCGGCGAGAGGCGGUGGCCAAGCAGCUGCUGACUCCAACCGAGGCACACCAGCACAUGCUGCUCCGCUGCAAGACCGUGCAUCGACACCUGCGGUCUGGCGACAUGCUGCUCCUGAACCGGCAGCCGACACUGCACAAGCCCAGCAUCAUGGCGCACAAGGCGCGCGUGCUGCCCGGGGAGCGGACCCUACGGCUGCACUAUGCCAACUGCAAGUGCUACAAUGCCGACUUUGACGGAGACGAGAUGAAUGCGCACCUGCCACAGAGUCCCCUGGCUCAGGCGGAGGCCACUGAGGUGGCCAGCGUCAACCGGCAGUACUUGGUGCCCAAGGACGGCACGCCGCUCAGUGGCCUCAUCCAGGACCACGUCAUUGGGGGCUCACUCCUCACCAUGCAAGGGCGCUUCUUCACCAGAGAGGACUACAACCAGCUCGUCUUUGGAGCCUUGACUUUUGUCAAGAUGGGCAUCAAGCUCCUGCCACCGGCCAUCCAAAAGCCACAGAUGCUGUGGACAGGCAAACAGGUGCUGUCAACCGUUCUGCUCAACUGCAUACCGCAUGGCAAGCCACCUCCUACGGUUGAAGGCAAGGCCAAAAUUCCAGCCAAGGCGUGGUCAAAGGGUGGUGAAACUGCGGCCAACAUGACCGAGGGUGAUGUGGUCAUUCGGGACGGUGAGCUUCUCUGUGGCAUCCUCGACAAGGCCCACUAUGGUCCAACCCAGUUUGGUCUGGUGCAUGUCUGCUAUGAGCUGUAUGGAGGUGCGACGUCCAGCCUGAUACUGAGCGCCUUUGCAAGGCUCUUCACGCACUACCUGCAAAUUUUCACUGGAUUCACCCUUGGGAUUGAAGACAUCCUUGUCACCGACAAGGCUGAUAAGAAGCGCAAGCGCAUCAUGAAGAAGGCCAAGACGCAAGGCGAUGCAGUGGCUGUCAAGGCUCUUGGCCUGGAGAAUGAAGAGGAGCUGGAUGCCAUCCAGCUGGAGGACCGGCUGAGGGCAGCACACAUGGCACGCAAUGACCGGCAGAUGAAGCAGCUCGACUCCAGCAUGAAGGGCGUCACCGACGACGUCAACAACCAGAUCAACAAGGCCUGCAUUCCAGAUGGCUUGCUGAAGAAGUUUCCCAGCAACAACCUACAGCUUAUGGUCCAGUCUGGGGCCAAGGGAGGAAUGGUGAACUGCAUGCAGAUCUCGUGCUUGCUGGGCCAGAUUGAACUGGAAGGGCGCCGUGUGCCACUUAUGCUCAGCGGUCGUACAUUGCCGUCCUUUCUGCAUUAUGACACAUCACCACGGGCGGGUGGCUUCGUGGACGGCCGCUUUCUGACAGGCAUCCGGCCGCAGGAGUACUUCUUCCACUGCAUGGCUGGACGGGAGGGUCUGGUGGACACGGCUGUAAAGACCAGCCGCAGUGGCUACCUGCAACGUUGCCUCAUCAAGCACCUGGAGGGGCUCAUGGUCUGCUACGACCAGACUGUUAGGGACAGCGAUGGAAGUGUCAUUCAGUUCCAGUACGGAGAGGAUGGCUUGGAUGUGCUCAAGAUGCAGAUGCUCAAGCCAAGCCAGUUCCCUGUGCUCAUCAAGAACAGCCAGGCGGUCAUUAACCGUGAUGCCAUCGAGCAGUGCGAGCGGGCCACCGACCACGAUGAACUGCGCAAGUCUAAGAGAGCGGUGCGUAAAUGGAUGAAGAAAAUGGACGAAGACGGUGACACGCACACGUCACACAGACAGAGUGCAUUCACCCUCUUCUCGCAAACCCAAGGGUCGCUAGUGCGGGAAGAGCACUUGAGCCGAUUUCACAAUGCAACUUCUGAGACUGCUCGUCAGGCGAUCUUGGAGGCUUACUUCAACCUCGACGAAAGGGCACUUCACAAGCUCAACAAAUCCAUUGUGAAGUGUGCCGACCCAGUCUGUUCCAAGCUGCGGAGUGAUGUCCACCUCGGUGCCGUGUCUGAACGGUUGGACACUCUAAUUGAAGACUACGUCGAGAAAAAUCCUCAUGGCCUCCUCGUGGCUGAGGAUACAGAAGAAGAGCAAGCCAUGGAAAAAAAGACUGUGACUGCGGAUGACUUCCGGAAAAUGGUCUACAUGCGAAACAUGAAAGCCAUCUGUGACCCGGGCGAGCCAGUGGGCCUGUUAGCCGCUCAGAGCAUCGGCGAGCCCUCGACACAGAUGACACUGAACACGUUUCACUUUGCGGGUCGAGGCGAGAUGAACGUGACUCUGGGGAUACCGCGGAUGAGGGAGAUCCUCAUGGUAGCCAGUGCCAACAUUGCAACCCCAACCAUGGACCUACAUUUGCUGCCACACCCGGAUAUUGAGCAGCGUGCUGAGGAGCUACGAGUCAAGAUCACAUCCAUCAACCUUUCACAGGUGCUGGAGGAAGUGUCCGUCAAGGAAACGCUGCACGUCAAGGGAAGGUCAGAGCGGUACCGCCGGUAUCGCGUCCACUUUCAGUUUUUGCCUCGGCGAGCGUACCGCAAGAAGCUGCAGGCUACACCGGCGCGGAUUCUGCGCUACAUGGAGACCGAUUUCCUUCGGAGGCUCAUUGAGGCCAUCAAGCGCAAGAUGGAGCACGUCUCCUCGGAGAGUGCAGAGCACCACGCUGGCUGGCGCAACAAAGCGUGA